GGGUCGAAUCGGGCAUCGCGCGGGAUGGGAGCCCAGCAACCGCGUUUCCUCCUCGCGGGGUUCCACCAUGUCUGAAGGGGCCGAUUCGCAGCCGGUGGCUUUGGGGGCAUCCCGUGUCGAGCUGCGCGUGUCCUGCUGGAGCCUUCCUGACAGAGAAGCCAACAUUAAGCCUGACCCGUGUCUGAUCAUUCACUUGCUCAGUAAUGGCCACUGGAAUGAGGUGGGGCGCUCCGAAGUCCUGCGCGGGUCCCGGAACCCCGUUUUCGCUCACGUCUUUGCCCUGGACUACUUCUUUGAGGAGAUGCAGAGUUUGAGAUUCGAGGUCUUCGAUGCCGAUGGGGAAAGCCCCACAGAUGUGGGCUAUGGGUCUGGGACGCUCCUCGGGACCACCGAAUGCUCAGUGGGGCAGAUUGUCUCCCAAACCAAGGUCACCAAGGAGCUGGCUUUGCCAAAUGGAGAGACUUUGGAGAAUUCAACCAUCACGAUUGAAGCUGAAGAGGUCUCCAGAACCAAUGAGUUUGUGCAAUUGGAAUUUUAUGGUCAAGAGCUGGAUGACAAGGAUUUCUUCAGCAAAUCUGAUCCUUUCUUGGAAAUAUAUAAGGUUAGCAGUGGCGAGUCGGAGCUUCUGGUCUGGAGGACAGAGGUGGUCAAAAACAACCUGAGUCCUCGGUGGGCACCGUUCCGGAUCUCUUUGCAAUCUCUGUGCAGCUGUGACCCCGGCAAGGCCAUGCGGUGUGUCGUUUACGAUCAUGACUCCAGCGGGAAGCAUGACUACAUUGGGGAGUUCAGCACAUCUUUCCAAGAGAUGCUGCGGGCUUCUGCUGGAGAAGAGGUAAUGGAGAACUGGAGGAGUGGGGUGGACUGCAAAGACCAAAAUCAGCUUCUGUAAAAACAGGGGGUCCCAAGGGGUCCCACCAUCAUCAUCAUCUCUCUGCAGAUAGAGAAAGUUCACACCUUCCUGGAUUACAUCAUGGGUGGCUUACAGAUCUCCUUCACGGUAGCCAUUGACUUCACAGCCUCCAACGGGGACCCCCGGAGUGAACAUUCACUCCAUUUCAUCAACCCUAAGGAGCCGAACGAAUACCUGAAAACUCUGUCGUCCGUGGGCGAGAUCUGCCAGGACUAUGACAGCGAUAAGCGGUUCCCAGCCUUUGGUUUCGGGGCACGAAUUCCUCCAGAUUUCGAGGUGUCUCAUGAUUUUGCCAUCAACUUCGACCCGGAGAACCCGGAAUGUGAAAAGAUCCUGGGAGUGAUCGAGGCUUACAAGCGCUGUCUGCCCCAGAUUGAGCUCUAUGGCCCGACCAACGUGGCGCCCAUCAUCAACAAGGUGGCGGGUCCUGCAGCCGAAGAGGAGAAAACUGGAAUGCCCACGAAGUACCGCGUGCUGCUCAUCCUCACCGAUGGUGUGGUGAGCGACAUGCCCGAGGCCUGUGAUGCCGUCGUGCGGGCCUCCCGCCUGCCUCUGUCCAUCAUCAUUGUGGGCAUCGGGAACGCUGACUUCUCCGACAUGCGAGAGCUGAACGGGGACCGCGGGAUGUUGGAGACUGAGGAGGGCAGAGCAGUCCGCGACAUUGUGCAGUUCGUGCCUGUGCGCGAGUUUAAGAAGGCUCCCCCCAAUGCCCUAGCCAAGACCGUUUUGGCUGAAGUUCCCAAGCAGGUGGUGGAAUAUUAUGGGAGCAGAGGCAUCUCCCCCGGGACACAGAAACCCUCCUCUCCACUGCCCCAGUGAGACCCCCAAGCACCGUUCCCUGUGGGCAUGAUCUGUCCAGCACCUGAAUGUGCCUGUUUCUCUUUCCUCACACCUCCGUCUUCCAGCCUCUGGUCCCGUAGGAACUCCACCCCCUGCCUCUUCUGGUGGGGAAGAGAGAGAAAGCAAACGAGAAUCUUGUCUCUGGCUUCAGGUCUCCACCCACGACUCAGGACGUUAGCUGGCACUACACGGCAUCCGGGCAUCCCCGGCAGGGUUCUCUGCCUUCUCUGCCCUCCCUUCUCUGCCCUCCCUGCUCUUAGCCUUACCCCCAGUAGCUUGCGAUGGUGACUCCCGUCUCCUUUAAUAAACACCGUGAAUUCCUCCUUGAA